ACUCAGUACCGGACAUUCCUCCAUUGCCGAAACCGUAACGUCGAGGUGAAGGAAGUCGAAGAAGUUAGAACUUUCCGGCUGCAACGCUCUACCCAAAGAGUAGUACUAGUAGGUGUCCUGACUGUACUGAGUCUGUGAGACUUGCGCCGUGCGGCCGCUGUCGGACCUGGAUUGUUGUCGGCAAUACUGACUAGACUGGGCGCAGGAUCGGUCCGUUACUUUACGCUUGUCGUCGACAUCCUCCCCGCCCGUGUCCAACGAGCUCACGGUCAGCUGUGCUGCUUGCAUGCUGUGGGCGCAUAGAUGCAGCGUGUCGGUGUGAACACAGCCGAUCGACGGCAGCACCUGCAACCUGUAAGAACCCACUGACUGUGUUGCACGUCGCGGCGCUACCCGCCAGCCUCAUCUACCGUCUGAAAUGGCGGACGGAACGAAGCGCACCAGAGACAGAGUGUCCCUUGUCACUGCGGACACGUGUGACGCUGGUUUACGCAGAGAUGUCAAACCGAAAGCGACGUUACAGUUGUUGCUGUGGCUGUUCGCAAUCAGGACGUGUUGGUGUGUCGACGUGAGCGCGACACCGGAAAUCACAAGUUGCUUGCCCAGGAGCGCACUGUGCAAUCGAAACGGGGACAUGCCGGAGUCGGUGAGCAGCACAUGUCGACCAGCUCCUGUGGGCAACGUGUUCAGAUCUUACGGAUGCAACAAACCCGAGUGGGGAUUGAGGGUUGCUGAGAACUGCACCAACUUGCCAGAACAAGUGAAUAAUGUAACGGAAGAAUGCAUCACAACAGGACAAGGACCAAUGAUCAACAUUACAUGGCAACUACCAGAAGAAUCACAAUGGAAAAUCACCGGAUACAAGAUAAACAUUAUCAGUGAUGAAGUGUAUUUCGUUUGCAGUUUUCUGGUUCCAGCGGAGCAAGGCAAGACUUGGUUUGCACUUCGCAACUACGAUCAGUUGCUUGAAUGCGCUCGACACUCGAAUCCAGCCCCGGCCGAUCGUCUUAUAGACUUCAAACUGAUUGAGGUGAUAACACUGCCAGCCCCAAGAAGACUGGAUCCACAAAGCACAGUGUAUGGUGGCAGAGUAGGCAUUGAAGAUGACCUCAACAAGUGUUUCGUUGGAUCUCCAAUCAUUCAUGGCGUGUUCGAUCCAUGCAAGAUAAUCCAUCUUCCUUAUAAUGAGACCGACAGCCCUCCGAUACCCACUGCUCCCCGCACUACUGAAGCCAAACAAUCCGAAUUGCCCACGGCCACGGUGCGGAGCACAUCAACCACGCCCAGCAGCAAUUCCCUUGGCAACGUGUCCUCCACUGUAACUGCAGUGUUGACAAGCACCUCCAAGUCCGACGGUAACUCCUUUCAGUCAGCACCUCCACAUCCAACUGCCACGGAUGCAGCCGGAACCGCGCCAAGUGCUGAUGUCGACGGACCCUCACAGCAGCUGGCCCUUGCAAUCGUGGUUGCAUUGGGCUUUGUCGUGCUGAUCAUGGCUGGUGUUCUGCUGCUGCUUGUGCGCAGAAAACAUCGCGUGGAGAAGACCAGCAACUUUGUGGAGAUUGUAACGGACUACCAGAAGAAUCCACUGAAGACCAGCCCUGCUGAAUUAGUUCCUCAGCAAAUACUUCCCUUACCUCAAUACCAACCUCCUUCACCUCAGUCUCCAGUAGUUCCACCGCCACCUAUCACCCCUCCUCCCAUUGCCAGCCAUCGUUCACACGUGUAUAUCUCCUACUCAAGAUCCAACCCACAACAUCGACUGAGAGUGACACAGCUAUCUGAUUGGCUACAUGAGAAUGGCAUAGCCGUUGUGGCAGACUUUUACUAUGCCAAUGAAGUUGCCUGCAGUCCACAAUUCUUUGUCGAGAGAGGCAUCACAUCCAGUCAUUUUGUGCUGGCCGUAUGCAGCGAGGCAUAUGCCGAUGUUUGGGCCACAGACUCUGCUGAAGACUCGACCGACUGGGCAAUGCUGCAGCCGCCAUCCAGGCUGACCUCGUGGGAAAUCAACCUCAUCCGCGUGUGCUUGGGCAGUCCGGCAAACGCAGUUGCAGAAGUGAUUCCGAUUGUCAUGCUCAGUGACGAUGACGAGGACCUGCCUCACGUGCCUGACCUGGUUCCUCUGCCGUUGCUCAACCGCCGUGUGUACGGCUUAGGAAAUGUCACAACCAACCGAGAUCAGCUGGACCUGCUGCAGAGACUGCAUGAUGAGAUAUGAUGUCAUUGCUUACUCCGCUAACCUUGUUCUUCAAGUACGGAUGAUUUUCACAGGACAUGAUCAUGAUGUUGCCGUGAUAACACUGGCGUUGAUGUGCAUGACUGUACUUGCAUUUCUUGUUCUUCAGGUCCACUAAAACUUGUGACGAAAACCAAUCUUUGAUUUUCCACAUGGCAAGGAACUCAACAUGAAUUGAGUUAUAACUUAUGUAUCAUAAUUUCCAUACAAUUAUUACUGUACUAGGAAUAUCUUGAGUGAAUGCCCCUCGAUCUGCAAUCUUGAUUCUCUGAUACCCCUAGGCAUAGAACACAUGAACUUUUCAGUCUAGCCAUUGUAUGGACCAGAACACUGCUUCGUUCAGCUCUGGUGUAGGCUUUCUCAGAAUCAUCCGGGAUUAUUCUACCUUCUGCUAUCAAGCUCAGCUCCGGCAUGUCAUGCCUAGGAGACUUUGAAAAACCCUAGUUAUUAUGAAAGUGUGCAGAAUUAUAGAACUAGUCGCUCCCCGGCAUCUAGAUAGACUUUCUAUUAUUUUACGUUUUUCAGCUGCAGCUUGGCUUUCACUCCCCCUCCCCCAAUAAUUGCAUGCUAUGGGAUAUGUGGAAUUAAUAAAUCUCAACGUGCUGCCUACUUCUAA